UCCAAAAAGAGAGGCGGUGUCUAUCUGGGACUCUGUAAAGAUAGCUGGGAGGAAUUUUCUCUAAAUCCUCAAUCUUCAAGCAUCCAUCAUGGAUAGCCAAGGGAAAAAAGUCAUAGUUUGCGACAACGGUACAGGAUUUGUGAAAUGUGGCUAUGCAGGAUCCAAUUUCCCUGCUCAUAUUUUCCCGUCGCUGAUUGGACGACCAAUCAUCAGAUCAACAGCCAAAGUUGGAGAUAUAGAAAUAAAGCUUCAGGAUCUGAUGGUGGGUGAUGAAGCCAGCCAGCUCCGCUCUAUGCUAGAGGUGAACUACCCCAUGGAGAAUGGUAUAGUCCGUAACUGGGACGAGAUGAAACACAUAUGGGACUAUACAUUCGGUGAGGGGAGGAUGAACAUCAACCCCAUAGACUCAAAGAUCCUCCUGACCGAACCACCCAUGAACCCACACAGGAACAGGGAAAAAAUGGUGGAGGUAAUGUUUGAGCAGUACCAGUUUGCCGGUCUUUACAUAGCAAUACAAGCCGUCUUAACGUUGUAUGCUCAAGGUCUAUUAACAGGAGUAGUGGUAGACUCUGGUGACGGAGUGACGCAUAUCUGUCCAGUAUACGAAGGGUUCUCCUUACCUCAUCUAACGAGACGUUUAGACAUCGCUGGACGAGAUAUCACCCAAUAUCUCAUCAAGCUUCUGCUCCUCAGGGGGUAUGCCUUCAACCACUCUGCAGAUUUUGAGACGGUUCGAAUCAUGAAGGAACACCUGUGCUACGUUGGGUAUGAUAUUGAACAAGAACAGAAAUUGGCAAAUGAAACGACAGUAUUGGUGGAGAACUAUACAUUACCAGACGGUCGUGUGAUCAAGGUGGGCGGUGAACGUUUCGGAGCUCCAGAGGCCCUCUUCCAGCCUCAUCUAAUUAACAUAGAGGGUGUAGGCAUAGCUGAACUCCUCUUCAACACUAUCCAGGCUGCCGAUAUCGACACAAGGCCAGAGUUCUACAAACACAUCGUCUUGUCCGGCGGCUCUACCAUGUACCCUGGGCUUCCCUCACGUCUGGAACGUGAGAUUAAGCAGCUCUACCUGGAGAGGGUACUCAAAGGAGAUACCUCCAAGCUGGGUAAAUUCAAGAUACGCAUUGAGGACCCCCCUCGUCGUAAGCACAUGGUGUUCCUAGGGGGCGCUGUUCUAGCAGACAUCAUGAAGGACCGUGAAGAUUUCUGGAUCUCAAGACAAGAGUAUGAAGAGAAGGGAUUGCGGUGCCUUGAGAAGCUUGGAGUCAGUGUAAAGUAAAAUGAUAAGAUUACUGCUGGAUGGGGAAAUCAUUGCAGGCGAUCUUGGGUGGAGAAGUAUUUAGUCAUCAUUAAAAUGAAUUGAGGAUGAUGCCCAAAUUUAUUUUUCUUGUUGCACAGGAAUUGAGAAUUCCAUGUCUGGAUAUUGUUUUUGCAAAAUAUUUUGGUGGCGAAAUAAAAGGCACACAAUAGCGGCCAGUUUUGUCAGGAAGUUUUGUUGAUAAUUGAGAUUGAAUUCUUCUUGCUCGAGUUGAACAUUUAUUUAUUUUUUUUUUUUUUUUUUUACUUCUUCCAUUCUUGGCUCGGUGUGAGACCAGCAGAAAUGCUGAUUCGCUUUCAUCUUGAGGUGUUGUCGAUAAGGGACCAUGCAUUAACAAAGUGCUUAAAAGCCAUUGGACCCUUUUGGUUCAGAAAAAAAAAAAAAAAGUUCACAGAUUUACAAAUAACUUGCAGGGUUUACAG